UGCACUCACAGGCGUCACAACAGAUGCUCACGAGCUUUCCCUCGUGCUUCGCUAUAACCAGACACCUGUAGGCUAUACUCUCCCUCUGUGGAUUUCUCUCUCUUCAUCGACUUCAGGAAGAGAUCAGCUUCGCCAACAAUGGCCGUCAAAGAGUUCUCUAUGCUCUUCAUUUUCCUGGUCUUGCUCCGCCGUAACCAAACCCAUGCGAGUCCGAUCAAAAACAUCGUCGUGCUCGUGAUGGAGAAUCGGUCCUUCGACCACAUGCUGGGCUGGAUGAAGAAGCUCAACCCCCAAAUCAAUGGCGUGGAUGGCUCUGAAUGGAACGCACUCUCCGUCACGGACCCCAAUUCGAAGCGCAUCUUCUUCGACAACCAGUCACACUACGUGGACCCGGAUCCCGGCCACUCCUUCCAGGCCAUUCGUGAACAAAUCUUUGGCUCCAAUGACACCUCCGCCGACCCUGCUCCCAUGAACGGCUUUGCUCAGCAGGCCUACUCCAUGGACAGCACUACCAACAUGUCUCGGAGUGUCAUGAAUGGCUUCCUCCCCGACAUGGUUCCUGUGUACAAAGCGCUCGUCUCUGAAUUUGCGGUGUUCGACAGAUGGUUUGCUUCCAUGCCGAGUUCAACACAGCCAAACCGGCUUUACGUGCACUCGGGGACUUCAGCAGGAGCAACCAGCAACGUUGCGGCGCUUCUGGCAAAAGGCUACCCACAAAGAACCAUCUUCCAGGACCUCGAUGACGCCGGAAUAUCCUUCGGAAUAUACUUCCAAAACGUCCCCACCACUCUGUUUUACAGGAACCUGAGGAAGCUCAAGUACCUGGACAACUUCCAUCCGUACGACUUGUCGUUCAAGAAAGACGCCAAGGCCGGGAAGCUCCCGGGCUACGUCGUGGUGGAGCAGCGUUACUUCGACCUCAAAGUGGCACCGGCCAACGACGACCACCCGUCGCACGAUGUGUAUCAGGGGCAGGUGUUCUUGAAGGAAGUGUACGAGACGCUGAGGGCGAGCCCGCAGUGGAACCAGACGCUCUUGGUGAUCACGUACGACGAGCAUGGCGGGUUUUACGAUCAUGUGCCUACGCCGGUGCGCGGGGUUCCAAGCCCGGACGGGAUAGUCGGGCCGGAGCCGUUUUACUUCAAGUUUGAUCGAUUGGGAGUCAGGGUCCCUACCAUCGCGGUCUCGCCUUGGAUCGAAAUGGCCACUGUUGUUCAUGCCAAUGGAUCACCUUUUCCGACAUCAGAAUAUGAACACUCAUCCAUUCCAGCAACAGUGAGGAAGCUUUUCAACCUUUCCUCUCCCUUUCUAACCAAGAGGGAUCAAUGGGCUGGUACCUUUGAAGGUAUUGUCCAAAAAAGGACUGAACCCAGAACAGAUUGCCCUGAGCAACUGCCUACUCCUGUCAAGGUCAGGAAUGCUGAGGCUAAUGAAAAUGCCAAACUUAGUGAAUUCCAGCAAGAACUAUUACAGCUGGCGGCAGUCCUAAAAGGAGAUAGUUCCCUCACAAGUUACCCAGAAAAGAUAGGGAAAGACAUGAAUGUCAAGCAAGGGACAGAGUAUGUUGAUGAUGCAGUGAAACGCUUCUUUGAGGCUGCGCUUUAUGCUAAGAAAAUGGGAGUAGAUGGAGAACAAAUUGUCCAAAUGAGGCCAUCCCUCACUACAAGGCCAUCAAAAUCUUCAAGCAAAAGCCCUUGAGAGAGAGAGAGAUGGGUAAAAAUGUGCAGAACUCUAUUGUUUCUCUGGUUCUAUACAGAUUCAAAGAAAGGGAAAUAUAAAAAGGAAUAGACAAAUGGCUUACCGCCUAGAUUUUACUUCA